AUGCCUCCUCCUCCCUUUCUAGCAUUAACUGCCGUCGACGGUCGCCCUACCGACUGUCGUGUACGAUGGCUUCAGAAGCCCAGCAGGUCAGAAAAAGAUCCUCAGUUAGGGGAUUGGGUCACCAGGAAGGUUCCAGGUGUUGAAGCUCACAGAAGUGAGAACCUGCAUCUUCCUAAUGAGAUACUGGAACAAAUAGUUCAGCAUGUAAGCACCAUAUUACCGGUAUCCCUCAUUAUUCAACUUACAUUAAUUGCAACCGCAAAGGUUACCCAUACCCGCACGCUUCUCUCUCUGUGCCUUACUUCACGGACACUGUACAGAAUAUCUGUUCUCUAUCUUUACCGAAGCAUUGCCGUUUGGGGAAACUGGGGCGAGGGGCCGAAUUUGCCUGAUCCAUUGAAUAAGCCGCUUCCUGGUCAGGUGAAACUUUUAGAGAGUCUCUCCGCCGACUUCACAAAAGAGAGCCCCGUGAGCCCCGUAGAUGCAUUGCCGGCUCUGCAAAUCGCAAAAUAUGUGAAGCGGUUGUAUUUAAUGUAUCCAGACAAUCACCUAGGAGGGGAAGAUUCCGGUUCCCUUGGCCACGGUGGAGAUUCUCCACAGUCCAUCUCGCAAUUGGUAAAAAACUGUGCCAAUAUCGAGGAGCUACAAAUAUGCGACAAUCUCAAGCUCCGAGGAGAUUUGGUCAAGGCCAUAGUUUCUCUCAAAAAGCUCAAGCAUCUACGCAUCACCAUUGAGUCCGAUACGUCGGCAUCACUAGCUCAACUUCCCCCUCUCACUUCCCUUCAAGUAGAUAUGAGAGGGGUAGAGGAGGGCGGGCAAGCUAUCAAUGGCGCGGCCGCUCUUUUCCGUAAAGUUCUGGAAACGUCUCGGGCAACGUUGACUUCACUUGUUCUUCACUCUGGGCGCUCAGAUCAUCCAGACCGAUCCGAGCAUAUUUUUGGGCCCCUAGUGGACCAACCGGAGAGCUCCGACAUCGCAAAACCUCAGCCAUUAAAUCCCACAUUUAAGUUCUGGAAGCUCGAAAAGCUGGUACUUAAUGCCUUCCACCUAACGCAGACUCACAAGUAUGCACUGCGACUUGCGGGCGUGAUUAAUUUUUCUAAGCUCACUUAUUUGGAGAUGGGGAAUUUUCACAAUUCGGUGUUCGCCUGUCGAUUGGACGUGGAAUGGACGAAUCUUAAGAAGAUUUAUCUUUGUUACAACCCAAAUCUCAAAGAUUUCUUAGGAAAAUGUGGUGGGUUAGAAACAAUUUUCCUCGCUCAUGCGCCGCACAUGACUUCAAAUGAUAUAUCGUCCUUGAUUGAGAAGAUUGUUGGGAAUCACGGAAAAACUCUAAAAACGCUUGCAUUGAGGCCAGCGGAGGCUCUUCCCCAACAACGCAUACCCACUCUUAGCAUAUUUCACCUCCGCAAGCUUGGACAAGGAUGUAGGCUCCUGAAAGAGUUAUGGACGGCUUUUGACUUUGAAAAUGAUUGGGUAAUUAAUCCCCGGGCCGCUCGAGCACUGGACCAGAAACUGAUAUCGGUAUCCAACCAGUGCGAGCUCGCCCACACGGUUUACAAGCUUCUUCCAAAUCUACAAAUGCUUCACCUCACAAAUCAGAUACCAGAAUGGAUCCCGCUUUAUCAUUGGUCAUUAUCUCAUCCCGGUCUACGUUAUCCAAAUUCCGACUCGAAGAGAUGUCGUGUCGAGGCGGCGACGGAGCGGGCCAUAGCAACCUUGAUAAAGUGCUACCUCCUUCAUGCACCAAAGAAAGUGCCCCCACUGAGAGAAUUUUCGGCUAUGCGGACUUAUAGCCGUCAAUCAAACGAUGUCACCCGUUGGUACUAUCAAAUUGUCCCAGAAGUACCGGCUCCCGACUGGGGGACUGUGGAUAGUUGGGUCGGGUUCCGUCGUGGGGUAGGGGGGUGGGAGUGGGCUGCUAUGAAGGGGCCCUGGAAAUUGGAGAAUGGGAAGGGUGAAUCGAAUGCGAAUCUAGACUACUUUUAA